GGGAAGCUUCUGUCUCUCCCACACCUGGAGCAUCCCCGCCGCCCACUGAUUGUGGGAGAACCAUGAAACAGGUGGUCUUGAUAGCAUACCUUUUAGCAACCAUCGAAAUUGUGACAAAAAGACGAGGACGGUGAUGGUGUGACGAUCGAGAAUGAACUGCACAGACGAUGCACGCCUUGACCUGUGCUGUCCUGAGGGGCGAGGCGCGUCCAUCUGGCCCGACACACACGCACACAUAACCUUUCCAGUCAAGUGACUCGCUCGCCACCUCUUGCCUGACGUCCUCCACCGGCGAUGGCUGUGGCACACGGAGCAUUCUGCCUAUCUCUGGUGCUUUAUGUCUGCGGCGUCAGCUGCGGCGCGACUGACCCCAACCUGACAACGGAUGGCAUCUUCGUAAGGCCGCGAGAUCCGCUCACGCCUCCCACCGUGCCUGUGGACUUCCAAAUCGCCGCCAACUCUAAUUUUUCUGACCAUGAAUACUUUUACAACCCCGACCUUUACGGUUUCUCCACCGUCAACCUUUACCGUGAACCCCUCAAUGGGCCCCCUCACGCCGAAGACGGUUGGGACGAUGAGAGACUCUCUGAAGAUGGCACGUGGCAGGAAGAGGAAGACGAAACAGCCACUGAAUUCAGUAAAGAUAAGAACGACACCGCGACCAGUGGCCGUCAUGACACCGUGCAUCCCAAAGAUAAUAGUUUGUUACCCAAUGCAGAGUUUAUGAGUAAUGUUUCUAGUCCGUUUUCUUAUGACUCAGUGCAAUCCGUCAGCUCCGUGAGCAGUGCCAAGACGCCGUCAGACCCAGGCUAUGAAGAGGGCCACGACGCUGGGCAAGAGUCGAGGAACAUAGUCCCGAGCCUCAGUAGUGAUCACAAUAGAACAAACGAUGGUGCCGUGACGCCCACCACGUUAUUGCCGUUGAGCGGUGAGGCGGCGAGCGUUUCGGGGUUCAUAAAUCGCAUCAGAAAUUAUUCUCAUAGUCGAGAUGCUGAAGCGGAUACUGACUCCACGUUGCCCGUGGAGCCGAUGCAGCCCUUGUGUGAGGUAACGCGGCUCCCUUUGACGGCCGCUCCCUUACAGCAGGACGCAUUCAUUGGCUCGUGGCGCCCCCUCUCCACACCGCCUUCUGGUGACGACCCUCAGGAUGUGAGAACCGAAAUUCUAGGAUUAGCGGAUGAGAACGAGCACGGACAGUUUUCGCCCAGGUACUCGGUGACCUGCGACUCCUCAGUGACUCUAAGCAACUUAUCUGCCGUGGCUGACAUCACCUACAAGAGGCGGACCGUCAGCUUCAACGUGACGCACCAGACAGCGCUGUGUCGUGUGACUCGCCUUGACUUCCACGAAUUCCAUCACCUUAGGCACCUAUCCAUCACCCACUCCGCCCUGGCCUACGUGGACGAUGGGGCCUUCGGUAACCUCCCCAGCCUGCGCACCUUGAACCUCAGCCACAACCCGCUGCUGCAGACUCUCUCCUGGCGGGCGUUCUGGCCAUCAUCUGUCCCUGGGUGA